UUUUACACCAGAAUGUGAAUUCAGAGCCGUUUCGAAAAACAGGAAGCUUACACGUUACGAAAGAACAAUAUAGCUUUUGUCUUUAGUGCCGUUUGUCUCAUGCUGUUAAACAAACAAUAAGUUUUGCGUCUACCCUGAUAGAAGUGGAGGUCAUGGGUGACAUUUUAGAGAAUAACUCCGACAGCUCUUCAUCUCUUAAUAGUGAUGCUUCAGCCGGAGGGCUCAGCAUGCUAGAGAGCUCAGUGCAAGAGAACCAGGAAGAUAGCCGUGUUGUAUUUGAAGACUCUGGGUUUGCCGGACAUUUGCAGAUUGGACUUCAUGAUCUUCGCCUGGAGGAUAGACUGACAGAUGUCACUCUCCACGUCCAGGGCCAGCAUUUCUCCUGCCAUCGGGUGGUUCUUGCGGCAGCCAGUCAUUAUUUCAGAGCAAUGUUUUGCAAUGACUUGAGAGAGAAACAUGAAGAAACUGUAAAUAUAAAAGGUCUUGACGCCGAGACCAUGAGUCUCCUCCUAGAAUACACUUACACCAGUAAAGUCACCAUCACUAAAGACAAUGUUCAGAAGAUGCUUGAAGCCGCCAGCCUUUUUCAGUUUCCACGUAUGGUUGAUGCCUGUGCCAGUUACCUAGCGGAGGCUUUACACCCUGAAAACUGUGUGGGCAUCUUGAAUCUAGCUGACGUUCACUCAUUGGUUCCUCUGAAAGCCCAAGUCCACAGCUACAUAAUCCAAAACUUCUCCCAAGUGGUGGACCAUGAUGAGAUCCUGGAUCUUCAUGUAGAUGUGUUGGUCAGUCUGCUCCAACGUGAUGAUCUGGGGGUAACAGAAGAGGAGCAGGUGUUUGAGAUGGUUAUACGCUGGGUGAGGGCGCAGGAACAGGAACGACUGCCUCUCCUGCCCCGGGUUCUCACACACGUGCGCCUGCCCUUGUUGGAUCCGUGGUACUUCGUAGAGAAAGUAGAAGGAGAUCCUUUGAUCCGCAGAUGUGCUGAAGCAUUUCCGCUGCUGCAGGAGGCCAGACUUUAUCACCUUUCGGGAAAUGAGGUGAUCUCAGAGCGCACCAAACCCAGGGUGCGCGAGUUCCAGUCUGAGGUGUUCAUGAUCAUUGGUGGAUGCACAAAGGAUGAGAAGUUUGUAUCUGAGGUGACCUGUCUGGAUCCACUGCGCAGGAGCCGCUUAGAGGUGGCAAAACUCCCAAACACCGAGAUGGAAGCAGAAAACGAAAAUAAGAAGUGGGUGGAGUUUGCCUGCAUCACCUUCAGAAAUGAAGUGUUCAUAUCUGGUGGCAAAGAAACACUGCAUGAUGUGUGGAAGUAUAAUGCAUCACUAAACAAAUGGAUCCAGAUCGAGUAUCUGAACACAGGACGUUGGAGACACAAGAUGGCUGUUCUUGGAGGAAAAGUUUACGUAUUGGGUGGCUUUGAUGGCAGCCAGAGACUAAACAGUGUUGAGGCCUACGAUCCAUUUCACAACUCCUGGACAGAGGCAGCACCACUUGUGCUUGGCGUGAGCUCUUUUUCUGCCGCCAGCUACAACAAAAUGAUCUUUGUGAUUGGUGGAGGUCCCAAUGGCAAACUGGCCACAAACAGCAUGCAGUGCUUUGAUUCAAUAUCAGACAAAUGGAUCUUAAAGUGCCCAAUGCCCAUAGAGGCCAAAUGCACAAAUGCUGUGACUUUCAAAGAUGACAUUUACGUUAUUGGCGGAGCGAUGAAGGCCUUGUAUUCCUACAGUCCCCUUAAAGACACCUGGACACUGAUAACUCAUCUGGGCUGUGAAAGGGCCAGCUGUGGCAUCGCUGCCUGCAACAACAAGAUCUUCAUUACUGGCGGUCGUGAUGACAAGAACGAGGUCAUCGCUACCGUUCUCUGCUGGGACCCGGAGGUGAAGAAGUUGACCGAGGAGUGUGUGCUUCCACGUGGAGUGUCUCAUCACGGCAGCGUGACUCUCAGGAAAUCUUAUACACACAUACGCAGGAUAACACCUGGAACUGGCAAUGCAUGACACAUGCAUCAGCUCUAUAUGAGUGCCAUAUGAUCAAGAAAAGUGAGAGAUAACUUGAGGGCCUUUACUACAAUAAAAUACUAAGUAUUUUGCAUUAUUUUAACUUAUAAAUAAUAUUUAUACAUAUUUUACAAAGUUUGACGUUUGAUAUGUAUGCUAAAGUGUAUAAAUGUAUAAAAUGUA